AUGCAACGCGAACCCGAGGGUAUCGAGGGCCAUCCGACGUGGAGCCUUCUUCUCACCGUCACUCGCGCCGAAGCGUAUUCUCAGCCUCCGUUUACGCCUUUCGAGGCGCUUUCGCACCCAGCUCCUUCGGCGGUUUCCGCGGAUCCGCUUUCCCCCUCCGCGCGCAGCCCGCCGCCUCCCGCCACCCCGCGCGCUCAAGCCCGCGGGGAUGUUAGCUCCGCGCCAGAACCCAGCGCGGGGAACUCCGCGGCGGGCGCGCUGUGCGCCACUGUGGCUCCCGCGGAGCAUUCAGCGCUUCUGGGGGCGGCGCAGCAGCAGGCGCAGCUUCAGGGGGCGGCGCAUCCGGCGCAGCAGGUGCUGCUGCCGCUGCUGCUGGUGGCGGAAGCGACUGAAGGGUCCGCCAAUCCGCACUGCGACUACUGCCGCAGCUCGGGUUGGUGCCACCACCCCAUCGCUGCGCACAAGUACCAUUUCAUCAUUCCUGCCAAGAACCCGCACUCGCACCCACGCGCCGAGUCACAGGUGCUUGCAACCACAGCCAGUAGCAUGAGUCCACGCGGCACGCGCAGCACCACCAGCACCAGCAACCACCACCCCUCGUCCCACCACAACCAGCACCACCACACGAGCAUCACGGCUGCUGCUUGCCGCUCUCAGUCGCUCGCCGCCCCCACGCACCUCCUGCACGGGGUUAUCCAUACCAACGGCUUCGGCCACCUCGUGACGCUCAAUGGCCGGGCGGCAGGCUCGCACGUGCUGUCCGGGCGGCAGCUGAUGCAGCUGUGGGACAACAUCUGCACCAUGCUGCGCGCCAGGGAGGUGAGCGUAGAGGACCUAUCGCACAAGCUCUCCUUCUCCUCAGACUAUCGCCUCCUCCACACUCUCGCCUUCUCGCACUCCUGGUUCGCCCGCUGGGGCUACUCCUUUGCUCACGGCGCCUUUGGCAUCACGCAGCACCGCUACAGCCAGGCUGUAGCGCGUGUGGCCGGCACACGCCUGCUGCCGCUGCUGCAGCAGCUGCGGGGCAUCAACACGGGGAUUGCCUCCCGCGUAGCAGCAGUGGUUGCCAAGUAUCAGUCGCAUGUGGUUGGGAACAAGUGCCUGUCUGAGGACCAGUCUGAGGGUGAAAACCGCAGGACCAGUCUGUGCCCACACGUCUUGGAUGCUUCACAUGAGACUCACCAUGACCAUCACCACCUACCACAUGCCCCUCAUUUUUCACAUGGCCCGCACAGCCCGCAUGCUGCCCCACCCAACCUCACCCUGCAGCACCUCUUCUCAUCCCUCCUCGCCCUGCGCUCCUCCCUCCCCCUCCCGCUGCACCACCAGCACCACCACUUCCCCCACCUCCUCCACCCCUCCUCUCUCCCGCUCCCCUUAACUCUCACUACCCCUACUCCUCCCACUGCUCCCUCUACUCCUGCUGCUGCAGCAGCAGCGCCGCUAGCUGCUGUCCCUUCUCUUGCCUCCUCCCGUUCCCCCCUCCUCUCCUUCUCUGCUCGUCACCUCCUCGCCCCUCCGCCGCCCCUCACCCUCCCCCCGCUCUUCCCGCCGCUGCAGCCAAUGGCGGCGCGCCAGCUGUCGGGCGAGCCCAGCCCUACCUCCGCUUCCUGCUUGUCCGACGAGCUGUCGCCACGUCAGCAGCAGCAGCGCCUGCUGCAUCAGCAGCAGCAGCAGGCCCUGCCGUCCCCCGUUCCGCCUAUCAGCUACCAACAAAUGGACGUCCCUCCAUCUCCCAACGUUCCCACUCCCUCUACAAUCACGCCCGGUACACAGGUCAUCGUGGACGUGCUCUCCCUCCGCCCCGGCGCCUGGCUGCCUCGGCACGAGGUUCGGGAGGCGGCUCGGCAGAGGAUCGGCGACACAGGGUUGUUGGAUUUUGUGCUGAAGUCGCUGGGGAAUCGGUUGGUCGGGGAUGUGGUGGUGCGGAGAGCGAUUAAUCCGCUUAGUAAAGUGCUGGAGUUUAGCUUAGAGCCGCUGCAGCGGGAGGGUGGGGAGAGGGGUGGGGGAGGGGGUGGAGAGGGGAGGGAGGGGGUGGUUGGGGAGGAGGGGAGAGGAGGGUUGGAGGGGCAGCAGGGAGAGGUGCCGAUGGGGCCAGUAUCGCCUCUUACUCUAAACGGAGCUGUAGACUUGGGAGGGGAUCAGCGGCGCAUUGAUGCACGGGAUGCAGACACCGCUCGUGACUGGUCCAUACCUCCGCCCGAGCUCAUAACCCUGCCGCCCGAAGCAACCGUUUCGGACCUCAAGGCUGCUGCCUGCCGAGCCUCGCCCAGACCUACCCUGUGGCUCGGCACAUGCAGCAUUGCAUUGCCCUCCUCUGCAGCUCUCUCACCUAUCUCGCUGUUCCCUCUCCUCCCUUAUCUGCAGGUCACUGCUUUGCCGGAAGACCUGGCGGAUCUUGAUGAUGACGAUGUGCUCUUUGGCUCGCUCGACUCGGGCGCCUCUCUGCUGCUCGCCAUAUCCAGCCUUGAUGCGCACAGCGAGUGGCGCUACGAGGGCGGCAACGACACGUGGGCCGUGCGGUGCGUGUGCGGCGCGCGGGACGACGACGGCGAGCGCAUGAUCGCAGCGGUGCAGAAGGAUCUUUGCCGGGAGGUUAAGGUGGAUUGUGGUGAGAAGAAAGGAGCACGCAGAGUGGUGAAGAGUGAGCAGACCUUGCUAAGCCACGGGGGUAGUGGCAGCAGGCAGAGGCAGGGCGUUGGGCAGAAAAGGCGAAGGGACAGGGAGAGGGAUGGUGGGUGCAGCGAAGAUUUUCUGGGGGCUUUUGAGUGCUCUGAGGAGAGAGAGGAGGUUGGGGAGGGAGAAGAGGAUGAGGAGGGUGGGGCAGGGGGGGAUGGGAGAGGGUCGGGAUGA